AAACGCGAGAGAUCAUCGCGUAACGACGACCCUAAAUCGCGAGAUAUACGAAAAGAAAGAAACAAAGUUGGGCGCCUAUCUUAGGAUAUCCUACGGUUAUUGCGACGUCCCCCAAAAAAUGAUGUCUAUAGGACGUUUCUCAGAUAAAGUGUGGGUCGAUAUAUUUGUUGUUUUGUUGGCAAAAUCCACUCGUUUCCUGCUGCAUUUCUGCCAACGCUAGCUGAAAUGGCAAACCAUGCUCAAUUACUGUCGGGGUUUUGUUAAUAUCCAGCAUGCUGUUUGCGAUAUGUACUACUUUUAGCCAUUUAGGAAUAUAUAAUCGUUAUGAUAUUUUAGUUAUAUAACUUUUUAUUUUCAAAUCCCGGAAAAAAAUGAUUACAUAUGACUAUAUAUAAUUACAUACAAUCAUAUGUGAAUUUUGUCAUAUAUGGUUACAUAUAUGUCUAUACGAAAAGAAAUGAUGUUGUCAUUUAAUUAAAUGUCGAUAUUAUAUGUUGUCAGAAGCGCAAGUAGCCAAAAGCAUUUACUUUGAGUGUAUUUGCGUAUAAUUUGUGAAUAACAAUAUUUUUUCGUUGUGGACAUGUAUGAUUAUACGUAGUCAUAGAUGGGCAAAUUUCAUAUAUGAUCUUUUUUUUAAUAGCAGCAACUGAAUGUAUUGAUUUGGAAUAAUUAAACAUCUAAUAAUAAUAUUGUCUCGUUAUUCAGCAGAAUAUACAUUAAUUAUUUCAUCGUCAAAGUGUGCUUAUAUAUAUAUAUAUCAUUGUAAUUUGAUACUUUUUGUGUGAUGGCCUUUAGUGUGCACUAAUGCGUGCAAUGCGAAUGAUCGAAUUUGCUGUAAUUCUAAAUUCAAAUCUGAACAUCAUGAAAUUUCAAAUAAGGAAUUUUGUUGAUUUUCCACUGUAAAUAUCGUCUAUGCAGCCGCAAUUUUCACAUAUAAUCUGCUCGAAUUAUCCAUCCUACUGCUAUCCUAUUUUUCCAACGUAACGUUCUACUCGUAGUUCAGGGCGGUAGCUGCGAGAUGGCAGGUCGAGCGCAGCGCGAGCUGCAUUUCACUGCGGACGGUUCGAUAAAAAUCAGUCGUCGUCGCUCGGCUGCUUCGCAGGGGGCUAUUUUGGCAGUUUUCGUCGUAUUCAGUGCUCGCAUUGUAUUCGUGACUUGAGUGGUGAAGAAGGACUGAAGUGACGGACGUUCCAGGAUCAGCUGGUGGCUGCGCGUUGCACGGUUUCCUGUGGAAUGACCUAGAAGCGAUUUGGCGCGUGUCCUCGCUUCGAUAGAUCGUCGCGGCAAAACCAACCGAGCCGAGCGUGGAAUGAUAAAUGGUGGCCACCAGCAGCAUGGUAUAUGAGGAGAUAGUCGGUAUACGGGGCAGCUGACCUCAGCCGCCGCGCACGCUUUUCACGCGCGAGAUGCCCCACAAUCUAAAUUCAGCUUCCACAAACUCCGCCAAUACGAAUCAUCAAGCCUAUCCCCAUCAGCCAUACCAUCGAGACAACACAGAUGGACUCCAGCCCGAAAAAGAGCCGGUGGAGUUCGAUACGUCGCACCUGCGUGGUGCGCCAACGGAGGUCGAGGCAUUGGUGCACAACAUCAAGGAGGUCGCCCAGCAGUUUCUCUAUCACUGGCGAACGUUCCCCAUCGUCCUGCCGCUGCCGUUGUCCUCAUGCACGGAGGGUGAGGACACACUGGCACGCAAGAAAUACCACUUGAGGGAUCUUUUUGUAGCACCCAGCUUCGACGAGCUGGACGCCGUCGCCAUGGACAGCAAGGGCGAGCCUAGAAGACUGACUAACAAGCAACUGGAGAGCAUUCGAGAACGGGGCUUACACAAGGAUAAAUAUGGAAAGCCGAAGAAGCUGAAUGCCACUCAGUUGGAGAGCAUUCGAAGAUGCGGAGAGUUCGAAGUGGAUUCGAUCAAUUUCGCCGGGCAGACUCAUCGAUGGCGAUUGAGCAGUCUUCUGCAGCGCGGCCGAGACAGAAGGCGGGACACGUUGCUCAGUGAUCUUGCUCUGGCGACCAGAUUUCUCGUGGUUACGGCAAAAGCUAGAUUAGUUUCCCAUUGCUUCAGUAUUUCGCAGUCUCUCAAAGCCUUACUGACGGGACUAUUACGACUUCUCGACAUUAUAAUUGGCGUGCCGUCGCUCCAGGCACACAAUCUAGACGCUAAAAUUCGGGAGGAACGUUGUCGGUAUCUGGUGGCGGAAUUGGUCUGCAGGCCGGAAUAUGAAGAUUCUCUGGAAUUGCUUUGCGGAUUUAUACGUAAACAACUUCGUCGGGCGACCACGGAGAAGUUCGAGGUGGAGAGAGAAUCGUCUCAGUUACUGCCCGUUUCGAUUCCCUUCGUAUUUGGCACACCCGGCGGAGCAGCGGUUGAUCUCAGAUUAUUCAGCAGGGACAUCAUCAGGAAGGCUCUGCCGACACUCGUCGCGAUUCUGGAGAGAGAGACAAGAGGCUGGUUUCUUCAUUUUCGAGAAAGACUGAUAUCAGAACUGAGAGCGCAAAAGAAGCCGGACGAGGAGAUAGAACGAGAAGUUAAUGAAGCGGUAAUGCACGAGUACCUGCAGAGAGUGUACUCGAAUAUCCUGUCGCAUCCGGAUAUACUUGCGUUAGGCGAAGGGAUCGCUCAUCUGCUGGUUCAACAAGCGCAAUCGGUCGUGUUGAUGCACCGAGCAGUGGAGAAUGUGCAACGGAAACUAUCACAAACCAAAGAAUCUCUGCGACACCGUAUGGAAAGCGAACAUCCAGUUUUGUCACGAAUACGGCCAUGGAUGCGAGAUCGCAUGAGGGAGGCUGAGGAGAACUUUAUAGAAGAGUGCGAGUGGAGCGCACACGAGGAAGCCCUCGUGCUUUGCAGUAGUCAGAAUCUCCAACAGACUAUAUAUUUCCUUAACCGUGAUCUGACUUUCAUGAAAGAGCGAGAACCAGUUCUUCUAAAAGAACUGCGAAAGGUGAAAACUCCAACGAGAACUUUCCAAUGGCCAACGCAAAUUUGGCUACCAAAGAAUUGGAUAAUACGACGUAAUUUCCAGGGUCAGUCCGAGAUCAUUCCAACCGUAUUGAGUAAUACUCCGACUUCCAUUACGACACCUCGUGCUGAUCCCAGCCAACCGGUCUUCUUGGUCGAGAGAGAGAUUUUGCACACCACCACAACAAGGUGGCCGAUGUGGCGUUGGAUCAAUUACAUCGCCAGGACAUGGUGUUGGACAUGGAAUGCGAUGUUUUUGUUGGGCGUAGCUGUACCGUGGUGCAGUCCGGUCUCCAUACGUGCUCUAUUGCUGGUACAGCCGUUUACCCCCGAUCUGGAAUUGAGUCAACUAAACGGAACGCUGUUUCCGAGAAAGUCGUCGCAGAUGCCCACUCUCUGUUCUCGAUUGAUAGCGCUUUGGAGGCACAUCAGUAAAAGUCGAACGCAUUUUGAGACUGAACCGGAUACCGGAUUCAUUGGCAAGGGUAUGACCAGACAUUUAAACAGGCUGUGGAAUUAUGGUGCGAAGGGUUUCCUGGGCACGCUCAUCAUACUGUUUGUGUUUCCUGUGGCAUGCAUUUUGGCGAGCGUCGCGUCGCUGAUUGUCGCCUUGACCGCGGUUUUGUGGAUGCCUCUGAUCACGUUGACGCUGCACGCAUUUAUGGCUCUCAUCAUGGAUUUGGACAGUCCUGAGCCGAGUCGUAAUCGAUAUCUCGUAGUAAUGGAAGCAUUAGUGUGGAAUAUUGGUAUUCAGGGAUGCUUGCAGCCUAUAGCAGCGGUACUCGUAGCCGUCAUCCUAUGCCCCGUUAUAUCAUUCGUGAUACUUACAAUUGCUGUGAUACGUUAUUGGAUCGGAGUACUCUGGGAUACGGUCAUGUUCCAUCUAGUGAUCAAAAACAGGGGUCGGAUACCGGCGAGCGAUAGCUUCGUUGUAAAAAGAAUAGCCGGGCCAGGGCUAGCUUCGGAUUAUUAUUAUCAAAUAAAAGCGGAACAAGCAUUAGCUGCUUUCGAAGCGAAAUUAGAACUGGACGAAUUGCUGGCUUUCCAACAAGAAACGGAGAGAUUAAUUACUCAACCACAGAGAGAUUUUACUCAGUUUGUGGAGGCCUGUUUCGGACCGUUCGCCGCUAGUCUCGCCAAGACGAAAGAUCCGUAUAAAUCGUUAGAAAAGGAAGCCAAAGAUUUAAUUGCCGUGCUACACGAGAAAUUAGAUCGACGAAGAAAAAAUCUACAGACGGGUCUCGGCGUCGCAGUGAGGAGUAAGAUCAAGUUGGCUACCUUUGACUUAAAGGUGGUCAUACAGCAGGGCGCGCUGAUGCUGGAACGUCUUUAUCCUACUCACGUAUUCGCGAGACUGCCCGGGAACGAGGAGGAUUUCUGGGAGAACAAAGGCUUGGCGGUAUGCGACUGGGCGGGCUUGGCCGGGCUUAUGUAUGCCGACAUCUUCAGUCUAGACUUCCUGCAACCGCUCGACGAUGCGGAUACCAAGUUCAAAUUAGAGUCACACCCGGGAGUCGAUCUGUCGCGAUACACAGGCAUAGUGCAUAGUACCGAGCUUGGUGGCAUUAACGGGCCUGACUUACUCGGCGCUGUUUACGCGCCGCGUGGAAAUAUUCAAGUUCACAGUCCGUACCUAGAGGUGUCGGCUUUUAAUCCGAGAGCUAAGCAAGCCAGCAACAGUAGAAAGUCCGACAAGCGUUGCGACACCAGUGGCCUAUUAACGUCUACGAAGAUCCGCAGGCGUACUAUGACUACGAAUAACAGCACGGAAGGAGGACGCUGGCAACCGUGGAAACGACAAAUUCGUCCGUACAGCGCGGAGAAGCUGGUAAUUCCUCUGCCGAUUCCGCAUCCGGCUCAUAUAGCAGUCACCAUUCAUAACCGCGACUCGGAGGAUCCGAUACCUCUUGACUCCGAACUGUGUCAGAAUAUUUUGCGAGCCAUCGAGGAGUCUCCUGGCGAGAUGGCAACGGAAUGCGUCGGCCGGUACCGGGGCGGCGGCGGUGAUUCCAGUUUCGACUCGGUCGCGUCACAAUCGUCGGUCUCCAUUGAAACCGGCCUGGACAAAGAAAACGAGAAUGCUCAGGAAACGCAGCCGACUGCUAAGAAAGAAGGCGAAACUUACCACUGGACCCUCUCGAACUGGGGCGGUGGCGUGACACGAAGACGGAACAACUCUGGAUCGAUCAAAGUUGACCUGGCAUCUCCGGAAGACGUCACCCUCGACACAGAUACCACCAGAGUGAUGUUCAGCACGUAUGGAACUACCGUCUAAAUUAAAAUCCGCCGUUAUAUCGAGUGAAUCGCUAUCACCGACAUAUUUAUACUAUACGUGAAAUACUACAGAGUAGAGUUGCAACUUUAGUGAAUACCUGAUUUUAGGGCCUUACCCUUUGCCAUCACAGAUAAAGUCAUGCGAUGCUAAAGUUGCAAAAUCUACUUUCGAGUAAAAGCAACGGGCUUAUUAAAUUAUUAAUCGAUAUAAGAAAGAAAGCAAUUAAGAAUUUACUAGUAAAUUCUUAAUUUUAAUUAGAAAUGUAAAUUCGAAACACUUGAAGAUAAUACAUCGACAAAUAAGUACUAUCGAAUCUCGAAUCUCAGUAAUUUGCGGUUAUUAUUAAUACUGAGACAAAAUGUAAUCCAUUUCUGUUGUAUCGAAAUUUUAUCUGAAAAAGUCUAUUAUAAAUAUUACUUGUCGAGUUUAUGUCGACAACGGAGUUCGUGUAAGGGUCUUCAGAUUCGAAUUAUUAAAAUGAAAGAUAUAAAGUGACUAAGAUUCAAAGAUUUCGCUAUAACGAAGUCGCGACUUUUAAAAUUAUUAUAAGAAAGAAGAUUAUAGAGAGAAAACGAAAUAUAUAUUCCAAAUUUUAGUGCAACCAGACUAGAAGACAACCUCUCCUUAACGUUGCGUUAAGAGGAAAAUGCGACAUUCAUAUUAACAUAUAUACUGUAUAUAGAUAGUUAAUUGUAUAAAUAAAACUUGUUAAUCUAAUAUUAGUCUGGAUAAAUUUUCCGUUAUUCACGGUAUACUAACGGCAAACAGCUCGUCGCGUAUAAAAAAAAAAGUUAUGCUUACGAUCACGCUCUUAUUUAACGUAUUCAUAUAACGUAUACACUACAUAGACACUAAUAGGAUGUGCUUACUACAAUAAUUUCAUCCGAGUCGAUCAUAAAAUUGUAAUCCUUAUAACUUGUAAGAGCGAUUGACGCAACCGAUUACGUCUUACGUAUAAUUUAACGAUGUAUAAUAUAAAUUCCCGGGAAAAGAGAUAAUAUAUGAAAUUUGCUUAUGUAUGACCAUAUAUAACCAUGUAUCAUCAUAUAUGUCCACAACGAUAAAAUACUGUUGUAUACAAAUUAUAUGCAAAUACAAUCGAAGUAAAU